AUGAGUAACACUUCAAAUGUUUCACAUUUCAGUCUUGGUGCUUACUUUGACACUGGGGCUUUGAAAUACUUAUAUUUCAUGAUUAUUAUGUCUUUAUAUAUUGUUAUUAUCAGUGCCAAUGUUUCCCUCAUUGUGGUUAUCUGCAUGAACAGAAGUUUACAUGAACCUAUGUACAUCUUUCUGUGCAGCCUGUUUAUGAAUGAACUGUAUGGUAGUACAGGGUUGUUUCCAUUCCUUCUGAUUCAGAUUCUCUCUGACAUUCACACUGUUUCUGCUUCAUUUUGUUUCCUGCAGAUUUUCUGUGUUUAUACUUAUGCAAGUAUACAAUUCAGUAAUUUAGCCGUCAUGUCUUAUGACAGAUAUCUUGCCAUCUGUCAUCCUCUACAAUAUAACACACUUAUGACUUUUAACAAGGUUGCCGUUCUUAUUGCAUUUACAUGGUUCUAUCCAUUUCUUGCUAUUUUCAUUUUGAUAUCUUUGAGUGUCUCUUUACAGCUGUGUGGGAACAUCAUUAACAAAGUUUACUGUGACAAUUACUCCAUAGUUAAACUGGCCUGCUCUGACACCACAGUCAAUAAUAUUUAUGGACUUGUUUACACUUUUACAACAAUUAUUCUUGUACUUUUAAUCUUCUACACGUAUAUAAAGAUCCUUAAAGUCUGUUUCUCUGGUUCUAAACAGACCAGACAGAAAGCUGUCAGUACCUGCACACCUCACCUCGCUUCUCUGCUCAACUUCUCUUUUGGGUGUUUCUUUGAAAUAGUUCAGAACAGAUUUGAUAUGAAACAUGUUCCUAAUAUGUUACGUAUUUUUUUCUCAUUAUACUGGCUGACGUGUCAGCCUCUCUUCAAUCCUGUAAUGUACGGCCUGAAUCUAACCCAGAUCCGCAUUAGAUUUCAAAGCACUGUUUAG